AUGCCCAGCUCCCCGUCGGCGCCGCCCGGGCCGGACCCGGAGGAGCACUACGACUUCCUCUUCAAGCUGGUGCUGAUCGGCGAUGCCAGCGUGGGCAAGACGUGCCUGGUGCAGCGCUUCAAGACCGGGGCCUUCUCUGAGCGCCAGGGCAACACCAUCGGCGUGGACUUCACCAUGAAGAGCCUGGAGAUCCAGGGCAAGCGGGUCAAGUUACAGAUCUGGGACACGGCUGGUCAAGAAAGGUUUCGGACUAUAACCCAGAGUUACUAUCGAAGCGCCAAUGGAGCUAUUCUAGCCUAUGACAUUAGUAAGAGAGGCUCUUUCCAAUCCAUUCCUCGCUGGAUCGAGGAUGUGAGGAAAUAUGCAGGCUCCAAUAUAGUACAGUUGCUAAUCGGAAACAAAUCUGACCUAAGUGACCUUCGGGAGGUUCAACUAGAAGAGGCUCAGAGUCUGGCGGAACACUACGAUAUCAGCUGUGCCAUAGAGACUUCUGCAAAGGACUCCAAUAACGUGGAGGAAGCUUUUGUGAAGAUGGCCACAGAGCUCAUGAUGAGACACGGAGGCCCCAUGUUCAGUGAGAAAAAUACAGACAGCAUCAAACUUGACAGCAAGGAUGUGGUAGAAGGGUGGGGGUGUGGCUGCUGAUCAUACAAUUUCUCUAAUUGUUACUGGAAUUUAGAUCAUACCU